AUGUCGCCGGUUCCAUCGACGCGGACCGCCCUCGUGCUCCUCCUGGCCGGCCUCUCCUCGGCCGCCGUCCUGCCCGAGGAAGCCGCCCGUCGACACGAGCCCGUCGCCCGAGGCGGCACGCCCACCAAGACGCUCUCGCCCCGGGACCCCUCUGCCGCUGCUGCUGCCGUCGCCGCUGCCGCUGUCACGCCCUCCGUCUCCCUCCCCGUCGCCUGCGACUUCACCUACUGCGACGGGUCCUCGUCGUGGUGCUUCUAUUGGGCCGGCGUGACCGCGUACGACUCCAAGGGCGCCCCCAUCCCGGGAGAGACGAGGACCAACCUCGGCCCAUGCGGCGCCGCCACCACCGCGACUCCUCGGUAGGCCCAGCCCAGCCCAGCCCAGUCUCGUACGUGCGUACGUACGUACGUACGUAUACGUGAUGGGCUUGUGCGCGCCAGCCGCUGGGCCAAGGGGAAAGGCGAUUUGAAGACGAGGACGACGCUGAGCACGGGUCGUCUCGAGGGGCCACGUCUUUGUUGUCUCAUGCUGGCCACCAGAAUGCAAGUCGGAAGCGCACAGGCCCGUCGCCCGCUUGGAGUCGACAUGGCAGGGUCCAAGGCAGACAUCAACGCCAACGAGGCGCAUGAGAUGGUAUGGAUGAAGACGCGCGAUUGGGAACACGAUGGGUACGGGUCGGCCAUGCCCGCCGCGGGAAUGGUUGGACACUUCCGUUGGUAUUAUCAGGCACUUAUACAUUCAUCGACACUCUGCGCGUAUAUGGCAAAGCAGUUCUAGUGUAGCACGCUCCAGCCCCUCCAAAAUUCAUGCAGAGAUCA